CAACCAAGAUAAUAGUAGUCUUUAUUCCAAGCUUCAAAAUUAUUUCAGAAUUAUAAUUCUGAUACACAUUUGGUUAGCCAAAUUAUGACCACCAACAACUGGAAUAAGUGGUUUGUAGGGGAUUUCAGAAGUGAGCCCCAUACCAGACCCAAGCUGCUCCCGGGUUUCGACCGGUUAGACGACAGGCUAAGGGCAGUGCUUCGGGAGGAGGACUUGCAAAAAAACUUGCGUAAGCGAAAACAGGCGGGUGGUGGCCAAAAGCAGAAAAAGUCCAAGAAGGUGAAGAGGAGUAUGAAGCAAACCCCCCGGGUAUGUGAGUUUCAGAAAGUAUACACCGAGAAACGCAAGGAGCUUAAACGUAUGGCGAAAAAACAAAGGAACGAGUUCCAGUUCCGGAGUACUCCUGUGCCCAACUUCGAGCGAUCGCAUAAGCGUUUGGAGAGGCGCAAGCUGUACCUGAACUCUCUGCAGAAGGUGACGAAGCCCCGGUGUCCCGGUACUCUGGCCACUUCGAUGGAGGCGCUCCAGAAACGCGAAAAGGAGCAAAGGCAGCAACGUAAGCUGUCCGGCUUCGUUCCCAGGAUCAAUCCGGGGUCUUCCAUGGACUACCUGAACCGGCAGCCCUUCAUCCCGCGAGUCGAGUCCACCUGCACCCAUCCAAAACCUUUUCGUCUCCAUACUUCUGAGCGGGCACUGAGCCGGCGGCUGUAUGACGAGAGGAAAAGGAUGCGGAUGGAUAUGCAGAUGGAGCUGCAGGCCAGCGACUGGUUUAAGCGGGAGCGCUCUGAGUUCCGCAAGCUCCGCAAAAUGACCAACUUCAAGGCUACUCCAAAUCCCUGGAAGCGGAAUAAUGUCAGCUCUGCAGAUGGCUCGUAGGAAUUUCAUUUUCAUAAAAAUAAAUCGGAAGAGUGAUGCUGAUAACCAAAAGAAACAAUAAAAAAACAUAAAAGCCUUAUUUGAAGAGUGGUACUUCCUCUCAAAAAGAUCUCGAUAUGCAGUUGUUAUAAAAGUUUUGGUCGAAAACUUGGAAUAAAAGAGUAUUUUUUUA